UGCAGAUUGUUUCGAUUCGUCACAGCAGUCCAGGUCCAGGAGUAAUAUUGGACCCAAGUAUGCGUAAUAUCCCUUUACAUCCCUUUUUUAUUGGUUAAGUUGACAAAAAUGAAUGUUGUAAUUCAAAGCCAAACCAACACAGUGACCGUUUUGUGAUCUUCGGGAUGUUUAAGGGCAAAAAGGAUGUCUAAACUUGAACGUUUGAAUGCCCGUGUGGCGAAACUGCUGACUGAAGCUGUGCAGGAGGUGCUGGACGUGGUGAAGGAGACUGUGUCGGAGUACCAGCAAAAGACUGCCAGAACACAGAGAGAGAACGAGAGUUUGAAGCGAAGACUGCAGGAGCUUCAGGACAGGUUACCUGAAGAAAGCACAGCAGACCUUCCUGCAAGUGAACCAUUUCCUGAAGAGGAAGACAAUACAGAGCAUCAUGAUCAGGAUUUUAACCUAAUUCAAAGGCCGAAUCAAGAUUUCACUUUCACAGACCAUGGCUUGAAGCAGGAAUUCAAAGAACAGGAGAAUCACAGUGAGACUCAGUCACAAGCUGAACAUUGCAAAGUACAACCAAAGGUGGUGACCCAUAUAAGUGAGACUGCACUGACUUCCCAGACAUCACACAGUACACUCGGAGAUACUAGUGGGGUCUCAUCGAAUGAUGUGUGCAGCUCUCACUCCAGUUCUCCUCUUGGGGUACACCUGGUUGACAUUAAAAGAGAAACGGAGCCAACUGAGUGCACAGUUUUGGGGAAAGCAUCUACUGAAGAAAAAUAUUUUGGAUGUAUGGAUUUAAGUUCUGGUUCUUCUCGCCAAAAUACUUCUGAGCCCCACAAGGAGCAAGUUAGUGGUGAAACUUAUGGACUGGCCUUUGUCCAUUCACAUCACACACACUUGCAUAGGAGGCAGGGUUCAACAAAAGCUGGCAGGGUUGCCUUUGAGGGAAGAAAACUAAGGACAGAUCCCCUCGGGAAAGGUGAUUUGUACUUGUGUGUUGUGUGCGGGAAAACCUUCAGUCGGGUCGGGAACUUAAAAAUCCACCAGCGUUGUCACACGGGAGAGAAGCCGUACGGCUGCGUACAGUGUGGGAGGCGUUUCACUCAGGCAGGAGACCUGAAGAAACACAAGAGGGUCCAUACAGGAGAGAAACCGUACUAUUGCCUCCAGUGUGGAAAGAGCUUCAGUCGAGGAGAAAAUCUCAAAAGACAUCAGAGGAUCCACAUUGGACAGACUUUGCAGUUACAGAAAGCAUGGAGGGAGCAAAAGUAGGGAUUUCUGCAUCUAAUCUAGUGCAACUCCAACAAAUCAGUGCAGCUUCUUAAUUGGUGAUUGAUGAAAAGGGUGUCUUACCUGUCUUUUUUAUGUGUCUUGUGCCAUAAUUAUGGCAGUUUUAUGCACUGUUUUAUGUGCACUGAAUCAGGAGGUCCUCCAAAAGUUAUCAAUUAACCAAAGAGACUGGAAAUUUACAAAUGAAGAUGCAAUGGUCUAAUGAAGCAGCACUUGUAUUGUCUGGAUUCGAAUAUCUGACUUAGAUAUUGAUUUAGUGGACAACAUUUGGCCAAGUCUAGAAUUUCAUAUAUUUAAAUUGAAAAGGGAGUUAGUGUUUUGAAUGCACACACACACACACAGUGAUGUUGGCAGCCACUCAGGUGUUCUAAAUCAAAGUUUUUAUUGUGCUUUUUGUAAAUUUUUAGUUCGUUAAAGUUUUGUGAUUGAUAGCCAGAGCUUUUUUCUAUUAUAACAUUUGUUUUACAAAAAUGAUAUCAUGCUUUUGAGCCAAUAUAGAUUUUUAUCUGCACAGAUUUUUUUACAUGUGAACUUUUGGUCUAAAACGUAGUAAUAGUACUUUCUCUCAGCAAAGCCAAGUUUUCUUUUUCAGUAAUUCAGUAGUAAUGAAUCUUAUUAAGCUGGCUUAUUUGAAUUUCUUCUUAUGGGACCAUGCUGGUAAGUUUGUUUGCUUCUGCUAGGUCAGGGGUGUCAAACUCAUUUUGCUUGGCGGGCCGGAUUUGACCAAUUUUUUUCUCGCGGGCCGCACGCUCAAAAUAACAAAAGCGGUGCGAAUUUUUUUUUUUCUAAUUCUUUUUUUUUUUACUAUUGUUAUCUAAUCCAAUAUCAGUUAAUUUUAAAGGAAAUGUGCACUUUGUUUACACUCUAAUUAUGUAAAAUAUAUUUCUU